CUCAAGAUGGUUGGUAAUCGGUCAAUACUAGGCAGUCUUGCUUUGGGCUUGACUGCCUGUGUAUCCGCCAAACCUGUGGACUUCAAUUCGACAAUUCUUGGUGCUUAUACCAACCAUACGACCUCUACCGUCAUCAGCCAGAACGCUGGCUCGAGUGUCAAUUCCGUCAGCAUCGUUGCUGCCGUCGAGUUGGACGGCGUGUCCGGCAGCACUACUACUGUCGAUGUUGCUGGCGAUCCCUCGUUCGUCACUGUCGCUCAGCAGCCAGGUACCACUACUACACUGAUUCCUGAGACCAUUGCCGCUUCUUCUGUCGGCUUGCAGACUGUCGUCAUCACCGCGACAGUUCCUGCUUGUGCUCCUACCUCCACUGUGGCUGGCACAUCUUCUGUCAGCCCGAGCGUCAAUGGGCAAGCUCCUUUUGCGCUGGCGGCGUCAUCAACCCUGUCUGCAUCAUAUGGAGCAUCGACUCUUCUUCCAGCAGUUCAUUGGAACUAUCCCGUGGAUGAUAUUCACAAUUUGGCACCAUCCAACAGUUCAAACCUUUACUACUCUUCUGAUGGUGUUUCCGAUCCUUCUGUACAGCACCUCUAUGCUACUAUCUCGACCACAAUGAUUCUGUCGUCUGCUAACUUUGACGCUGAGCUCGACAACGCGAUCGGAUACCUGGACUUCAGCUCUGCAUCUGAUGAUGGGUCCAGCCUUGCAGACUUCCUGCCUGAUGCUACUGUAAACUCGACUGACCUUACCGAUGCUGAGGAUGGCGCACAGCUAUCUCAGCGCUCCGCCAUGCUUGAGAAGCGUUGGUGGAAUCCUUUCAGAGCGGUCGCAAAUGCCGUGGUAAGCGUGGCCAAGACUGUUGUGCAGGUCACCACUGCCCCUGUUCGUCUUGUCGCUACAGGUAUUCGCAACAUUCCCGUCGUCGGGGACUUCAUUGCGAAGCAGACUGAGCUCGAUCCUUCGAUCAGUGGAUCAAAGGAUUUCAACUUUGGCCCUGAUGCAACCGCUGACUCACCUUGGGGAAAGGCAGCAGAAAUUUACUCGAAGAGUAAGACCUCAGAGUCAGGUACUGCCAGCGCCGAUGCGACCAUCUACUGUGUUGACUGCGGUGUCAAAGGACAUGUUGCCAUGGCUGGACAGGCAAAGUUCAACAUCCUCGAUGGCCUCUAUGGACUUACUGCUAACCUCAACGCUAACCUCGAAGCUGGGGUGAACCUUGGUCUAGUUGCUCAUGCUCAGUAUUCGGAUGUCAAGACAAGGGCUCUCAUUCGCGCACCUCUUCCCGAAGUUGGUGUUGCUGUCAAGGGUGUCUUUUCUGCUGGCGUAUAUCUCAGCGUUGACGCCGUCAGCACUGUCGAUGUUUCAGCCGAAGGCCAAGCACUCGUUGGUGUUGUCAUGACCAUUCCCAACUUCCGAGCAACCCUCGAUCUGUUCAACGAAGACGGGGCGAGCAAAUCUGGAGUCACUGGGUUUAGUCCUACAUUCGAGAAGCGAUUCGAAGCUAGCGGCAAAGUCGCUGCUUCAGUCAAAUUGGCUCUGCCCAUUGCAAUCAACUGUGGCUUCGAAAUUCCCGCCAUCAGUUUGAAGAGAGCCAUUUCGCUCAUCGAACAGCCCAGUCUCUACGGUAACCUUACAGUAGCCGCAAGCACCGCCAACGUCGAACCAGCAAGCGACACUUGCAACAACGGCAUUGAGUAUUUUGCUAAUCUUCAAAACGAUGUCAACUUUGACUUCCUCGGGCUAAAGACUUUUACCUUGAACCAUUACGAUUCUCCUCCUCUCUUACAGGGCUGCAAAUCCUUCGGACCAAGCGCUUCAGCCACUUCUAACAACGCUUCUGCGACUACUGAUAAUGUCUCUGCUACCACGGACAAGUCUCCCGCGACCUCUGACAAUGCUUCGGCGACUACCGACGAUGUUUCUGCGACUACGGACAAUGCUUCUGCAACUACUGGAGACCUCUCGGUCACCACAGGAGAUGCUGCAGCCACCACAGGCGAUGCCUCUGCUACCAGUGGAGACGCGUUGAUAACUGGUGUGGCAUCGCCUACAGCUACUACUGAUGUUCCUAGCGGACAGCCAACAAUAACAGAUGACUCCCUCUCCAACCCGACAGAUGACGUCUCCACCACCCAGAAUGAACGUCGUCACUCUGUCAUCUUCCGUCGUGACAAUUCUACAAUGCCUGCAUCUGAUAACGACGAUGAAGUCAUUGCCAACGACACUGAAGAUACCUUUGAUGAUACCGACAACGCUGACGAGACGAAUGAUGUCGUCUCUGAUGACUCAACUACGGCCGAUGGCGCUGAGUUCGAGAACGAUACCGCUGAUGCACUUGCUCUCUCCGCCGACGAGCAAUCUGAAGAUGGUAUUACUUUCAAUACUCUUGUCGACAUUCAGAAGACUUUUCAGAUCGUCCCAGGCACCGAUGGAAAUCUCUAUACAAGCAGCUUGGCUUCUGGGUCUCCAAGUGACGCUGGACUCUUCGCAGAGUCGCAGAACAUCGUUGUUGGUGAUGAUGAGGAACGUAUCCUUCACUACUACCCCGAUGAAAUGGCCAUCUACAAUGUGAGUCGUAUCAGACUCAGCUUGGGUUCUGAGAUCCCCAAGACUGCUGACGCCAUCGCAUUGUCGCCGAUCGACUACGAUAAUUCCGACGACACCCCGUCUGCGUACUUUGCAGUCUCAACCAAGCAAGAUGUCUACAGUCUGGUCUUGUGCGACUUCAGCAACGGCGCUGAUAGCAAAGUCUUCAUUAUCAAUGAUGAGUCUGGCCUGGACUCUCUCCAGAACAACACUAACAUCAAGUAUACCGUCACUGGAGCACCCGUUCAGGCUUGUUACCCAUUGGCGAUCAUCUCUGGUGGAAAUGGCACUGUCUCGUCUUGA